GCUCGACCAGAGUAACGCGUCUCUGCUUCAACAGCCUCUAGAUAAUAACACUUCUGGAAUGAAUAAACUGGUUUGCUUGGUCCUACUUUCAAGCAUUUGGAUCUUUCCUGGUGAAGGAUACGACCCUUGCUGUGCACAGCCUUGUCAAAACCAGGGCGUGUGUUUAUCCAAGGGAGCUGAUGCUUAUGAAUGUGACUGCACCAGGACAGGAUAUUAUGAUGAAAACUGCACUACUCCUGAGCUUCUCACACGUAUCAAAUUAGCUCUGAAACCAAGGCCAAAUGUAGUGCAUCAUAUUUUAACACAUUAUAAAUCAAUGUGGGAUAUCAUCAACAGCAUCUCUUACCUGAGGGAUGCUAUAAUGCGCUAUAUCCUGUUGUCAAGGUCCCAUUUGGUUGAAAGUCCACCGACGUACAAUACUGAUUAUGGCUACAAAAGCUGGGAAGCGUACUCUAAUCUCUCCUAUUACACCCGCACUCUUGCCCCGUUACCCCAAAACUGCCCAACGCCUGAUCUCCCAAAUGCCAAGCAGGUGGUGGAGAAGGUGCUAUUGAGGAAGCAGUUCAUCCCUGAUCCACAGAGGAGCAGUCUCAUGUUUACUUUCUUCGCCCAGCAUUUCUCUCACCAGUUCUUCAAGUCGGACUUUAAAAAGGGACCAGCCUUCACCAAAGCCCUGGGUCAUGGAGUGGAUCUGGGGCACAUUUAUGGAGAGACGCUGGAGGUUCAACACAAACUUCGUCUGUUUAAAGAUGGAAAGCUUAAAUAUCAGGUUGUGGAUGGUGAGGUGUACCCUCCGCUUGUGAAGGACGUCCAGGUGGAGAUGCACUACCCUCCUCAUAUCCCGGAAGAGCAGAAAUUUGCUGUAGGCCAUGAGGCCUUUGGGCUGGUUCCAGGUUUGAUGAUGUAUGCUACCAUUUGGCUCCGUGAGCACAACCGUGUCUGUGACAUCAUGAAGCAAGAACAUCCCGACUGGGAUGAUGAGAGAAUCUUCCAAACCACUCGUCUCAUCCUGAUUGGUGAGACCAUCAAAAUCGUGAUCGAGGACUAUGUUCAGCACUUGAGUGGAUACAACUUCAAGCUCAAGUUUGACCCAGAGCUCAUCUUCAGUGAGCGUUUCCAGUACCAGAACCGCAUUGCGGCCGAAUUCAAUACCCUGUAUCACUGGCAUCCACUGUUGCCUGACAACUUUCAGAUCCAGGAUCAAAUCUACGGCUAUCACCAGUUUGUUUUUAACAACUCUAUCGUUACCAAACAUGGCAUCCGCAACAUGGUGGACUCCUUCACCAAACAGACAUCUGGACGGGUGUCUGGUGGACGUAACCUGCCGCCUGCAGUUCAAGGGGUCGCUGUUAAAGUUCUGGAGCAAACCAGAGAGAUGCGCUACCAGUCUUUCAAUGCCUAUAGAAGACGCUUCAACAUGAAGCCCUACUCAUCCUUUGAGGAGAUGACAGGAGACCAAGAUCUGGCAGCCCAGCUGAAGGAGCUGUACGGUCACGUAGACGAGGUCGAGCUGUAUCCUGGCCUUCUUGUGGAGAAACCCAGACCUAACUCUGUGUUUGGGGAGACUAUAGUGGAGAUGGGAGCGCCCUACUCUCUCAAAGGCCUCAUGGGAAAUGCUAUUUGUUCUCCUGAAUACUGGAAGCCCAGCACAUUUGGUGGGAAAGUGGGAUUUGACAUCGUUAACUCGGCUACACUGAAGAAGCUGGUGUGCUUGAAUGUCAGUGGGCCCUGUCCGAUGGUGUCCUUUCAGGUGCCAGAUGUGAAGUUUCAGAGUUCGGAAAACGUGAAUUCAAGUUCGGUGCAUUCCACAGCAAAUAAUAUAAAUCCAACAGUUGUAUUGAACGAGCGGAGUUCAGAGCUAUAAAAGGUCUCAAAAUCUUCAAAAUCCCAGAUACUUGAUAUGGUUUUGUAAUUUAUUUAUUUUUUAUAUAUAUUUAUUUGAAUAAUUUAUUACAGUAGUGUAUUUAUUGAUUGUUUUUUUUUUGUAUUGUGAUCGACGUGAAACUUUGUGUCAUAAAUUCAUGUGAGGUAUUCAACUAAUUGGACAAACACAUUUCAAAUGCCAAUUAACUGUUGCAAAUGAUGUUCAUUUCAUAAAUAAAAACAAAUUAAUAUUUUGCAAAAA